CAGAGCAGCUUUGGCAAUCGGUACAGUGCGGCAAGGUUGCAAACAAGAGGUGACUUUGUGUUUUAGAGUUUCUUUUUUUGCUCUGUUUUUGUUUUGCUUCCUCUAAUAGUAAUGGUGACCCUGAAGUUUUGGACCUGAUCGUCUCUCAAUGGAGGAUGACGUACUGCAAUUGUCCUCAUAGACGCUCACUGGACGUGGUGACUGGAUAGGAAGGUGACCACCAACAGUCAUGGGAUGUGGCGUCACAAAGUCCCACCCGUUCCAAAAGCAUUCCGUAAAAGGUAAGAUGGUCAAUCCAAAAGGUCAGAUGAACGCCACAUGAUGAUACACGACACAAAUCUAAUGUGAGCUUCUCUCAUCCAUCAAUUUCCGUUCCGCUUCUUCCUGUUCUUCCCUCUGCAGCCGUCACAUCCAUAAGGGCGGCCAUCCUGAUCCAGCAGUGGUAUCGUCAGUACGUGGCCCGCAUGGAGAUGAGGCGGAGGUACACCUGGCACAUCUUCCAGUCCAUCGAAUACUCGGGCGAGCAGGCUCAGAUCAAGCUUUACAACUUCCUGGGAUACCUCAUGGACAACUUCACCCCGUCCAGCAAUGAGCGAAACUUGAUCUCGCACAUCUUCAGAGAGAACGAGGUGUGUCGGGACGCGGAAUGGGAGCGUUACUUCUGCUACAAGAACAUCGAGGUGCCCGAGAUCUACUCGGGACCUCACCUGUGCUUCCCCCUGACUGUGGAGCAGGCCGUCAGCAUGGUGGAGGCGUUCAGGAACAAGAAACAGCUGCACUCGCGCUACGUCCUGCAGCUCCUCCUGGAGACGUGGAAGCUGCUGCGCAUGUUGCCCAACAUCAGCCGCAUCUCCACCUGCCACAGCAAAGAAAUCACCAUUUGUGGUGAUUUGCAUGGACAGCUGGAAGACCUGCUGUUGGUCUUCUACAAGAACGGAACGCCAUCCUUGGAGAGACCCUACGUGUUUAACGGAGACUUUGUGGACCGAGGCAAAGACUCCAUCGAGAUACUCCUCAUCCUCUUCGCUUUCCUGCUCGUCUAUCCAACCGAGGUCCAUCUGAACAGAGGCAACCACGAGGACCACAUCAUCAACCUGAGGUACGGCUUCACGAAGGAAGUGUUGAAUAAAUACAAGAUGCAUGGCAAAAGAAUACUGAAGUUGCUCCAGAAGAUCUUUAGCUGGUUGCCAUUAGCGACGGUGAUUGACCAGAAGGUUUUGGUCCUCCACGGUGGGAUCUCUGACAGCACGGAUCUCGGCGUCCUGGUUAAAGUGGACCGACACAAUUACGUAUCAGCACUGAGGCCACCAAAGAAGAAGAACCAGAGUUCUUCCGUGACAUCCAUCGACUCGGACAUGGAUGACGACUGGGGCACCCACAAGCUCUCCCAACGGCGGGCUUCCCUCACGUGUCCUAAACCUCUGGGCCGCCGGGACAGCUUCCUAAACCGCUCCCUGCAGGACUUCUCCGAUCGGCUCAAGACCAACGUGGAGGAUGAGCUGAAACUGUGCCAGCAGCGAGCGACUAUUUUCACCAUGGGGAUCAAUCCAGUGGAGAAAGGGGAGGACGCGCCCUUAGACUUGGCCGUUGGCGACAACGCCAAGGAAGAGUGGAAGCAGAUCCUGGACCUGCUCUGGAGCGACCCCAUGCCGCAGGAUGGCUGCAUCCCCAACGAGCUAAGGGGCGGCGGCUGCUACUGGGGUCCCGACAUCACCGAGGACUUCCUGAGCAAACAUAACCUGCAGCUCAUCAUCCGCUCGCACGAGUGCAAGCAGGACGGUUACGAGUUCUGCCACAACCGCAAGGUCCUCACGCUCUUCUCCGCCUCCAAUUACUACGACGUGGGAAGCAACCGAGGGGCCUACGUGAAGCUGGGACCCGACCUGGUGCCUUAUGUGGUUCAAUAUCAGGCCAGCAGCAUGACCAGAGAGCUCACCGUGCGACAAAGCGUGGGCCAAACUGAGCGCUCCGCCCUCAAAGUCCUUCGGGAGCAGCUGUUUUCCCACAAGUCGGACCUUAUUUGUGCCUUCAAACGUUGGGACAGUGAGAACAAAGGUCUGGUUUCCCUGAACGACUGGGCGGCUGCGGUGGAGAGCGUGAUGCGCCUGGGUCUUCCGUGGAGGAUGCUUAGCUCUCAGCUGGUUGGCGGUAAGACGGCCGGCGGCCUCAUCGACUACCACGAGUGGUUCAACGAGCUCGCCAUCAAGGGAGCCGAUGCAGACCACAUUGACCAGAGUCUGCUGGAGACGCUCUACCGCCAUCUUUCCACGUUGGAGACCAUCUUCAGGAUCGUCGAUACGGACAACUCAGGCUUCAUCACCAUGGAGGACUUCCGUCAGACAUGGAAGCUUCUGAGCGUCUACCUGAAGAUGGAGAUCACGGACGAGGCCAUCUCCGACCUGGCCGUCACCAUCGACAGCAACCACGACGGCAGCAUCGACAUCGACGAAUUCAUGGAGGCCUUCCGCCUCACCGACAAGAAGAGUCGGCUGGAACGGGGCCGCAGCAUGUUCAUGGGCACGGCCACCGACCUCACCGCGCUGGACGAGGACCCCAACGUUUGACCUCUGCGGGGCGGAGAAGACGCAGAAAUGAACGGCUUUUGUGCUGCUCAGCUGGUUGGGUGUAGAGCAUCCAGACCAGCAGUUCUUCUCCAGUGUUGUAGCUGGAGCUCCCUCUGCUGGAUGUGGUGGGACACUGCCUCAUUUAGCCAACCAAAAAAGUCCUCCUUAUAUCCGCAUCUUUAGCCGGAUCCUCACCAAAAUGGAAACACUUCUUCCUGGGCUCAGGCUGCACCACACUGCUGAAUUUCAAGUGAAUCGAUUUUAAAGUUUUUGCGUAAUCCAGCUAACUUUAAAAAACUUGUGAGGCAAGCAAAUUAACAGGAGCAAACAAGACAAAAAUUAUACCCUAUUUCUUUUACAUAAAAAAUAUAUUUAUUGUUAGCGCCACAUGACAAUAAUUUUCUUUUUUUAAUUUAUCAAUUAUUCUAUUUCACUCACAAAUAUGAUAUCCCUGCCUCAAAUUUGAUUUGUUUGACAAAUUCACGAAAAUAUAUACAUUUAUAUAUUUUUUAGCUUAAUUUUUAAAAAAUUCCCUUCCACUGACCUCAAGAAUCCUAAUAUUAAAAAAACAUACAAAAGACUUAGCUGCAAAGAUAAUUUAUGCAAUCUAGCAUUUUUUGUUUUAUUUAGUUUCUGAAUGCUUAUAUGUGAAUUAAACAUUAGCAAUACAACUGUACUGUAAAUCCCAUCUUCUAUUUCCUGGGAAAUGAAUGAAAAUGUUCAGUGUUUAGUUUGUUUUGUUUUAAAAAAUGUCUGUGUUACAGGAGCACAUAGACACUAAAUAUGAAGCUGCCACCAAGUCUUAAUUGUGCCUUAAAAGCGGUGUUAUAAAGUCAGUGCCAUCCUUGAUCAGAAAACAAAUGCUUUAUGACGUAUACAAGGUUUGCUAGUUCGACCCCUUCCUCGCCCAAUUUGUUUGCUUGAUUGAAUUGCUUGAUGCGCCACACUGACAGGAAAAAAAGCGUAAAAUAUCUAAAUAAAAAUUUACCUUUUCA